GUCUUCUCUGAUUCGCUACACCAGCAGCACCCUCCCCGCCUUCUCCUCCUCGUCUCUCCUCCACCAUCAGAGCUCCAAGUCUUCAGAGAGUGACCUGUCUACGUCCACGCUCCCCAUCUCGUCCUCCACGCUCCCCAUCUCGUCCUCGUCCUCCCACACUCUGUCCAAAAUGCCCCUCCCUCAGCCAGAGACAGGCUUGCUCCAGACCUCCACCAGCCCCACCACCGCUACCAACCCCACCUCAUCCCCGCCCCCUGGUGCUCCUGUGCAGCGCCCCCCGAUGCCCCAGACUUCCCUCGCUCUAACCCCACCCAAAGACGUCCCAGCCUGCGGCUUUAAUGGCUGUCCGGCCAAUCACCAAGCGCCCUCGCCACCCUCCCAAACAAACCCCGGGCUGGUGCUGCCCCUCGGGGCGGGGUCGCCCGGCUCGGGGAGGGGUGGGGAGCUCGUACCCGUGGCCCUCGGGCGCAGCGAGAGCGGGGGGCUUGGCUUCAGCGUGAUGGCCGGGGGGGGUUCGGGAGGUCAGCUGGCGGUGGUGAGGCGGGUCUGGGACCGACGGCACUGCCCCUCGCUGCAGCCGGGGGACGCCAUAGUGAAGAUCAACGGGGCGGACGUGCAGAGCCUCAGCUUCUCCCAGGUCCAGAGAAUCCUGCAGGAACACACCAACCAGGGAGAGGUGGUGCUACUGGUCUACAGAGGAGGUCUGAUCUCUUCCCCAGUUGUCACCCCUAACGUCUACAAGCCCCUCCCCCCCCCACACGGCCCAGCCACCCCUUCGUCCUCCCACCCCUCGACUUCAGCCGACUUGCCUUCCCCGGCCAGCGUCCCCCCACUCAGCCAGGCUGGCAUGGUCCUGGAGAGUCCCCAGGAGGGGCACCUACCGGCCGCAGGGACCCACCAAGGGGCCCCUCCCGCCCAGACGCCCAACGGGCCCCCAGCCUCGGCCCUCAUUCAGAGCACCAGCUUCCUGGACUCGGUUCCUGUGACGCUGACCUUGGAGCCCCGUGAUCUGCCGGGAGUGGAGGAGAGCGCCGGGGGCCCUCCUCCCUGCAGAGGGGGGGGCGCGCUGGGAGCCAUAGCCAAGGAUGGGAGAGGCGGAGUAAAGACAGUGGAGGUGGAGCUGAGGAGAAGGUCGGGAGAAGGAUUUGGAUUCGUCAUCGCCUCUCAGGAAGUGACCAACGGGGGUGAGUCUCCGAUGUGUCACCACG